AUGGCUAGGGAUGCAAUUCAAGAAAAUCCAAGAGCAGAAGUGAAGAUGAAGCUAAUUGGUAAACGUAGUAAUGAUGCUCGAACCUAUAAUUUGCCUUCUGUUUCAGAAGUUGCUGCAAUUAUUGUUGGCGAUUUAGAUGCACAUUUAGGUGAACGAGAUAUAUUGGUUGAGACAAAAUCUGGUUUGCUCAAGAGGAUUAGUGAAUUAAAUCCAGCGUACCUACCAUUACAAUAUCCUAUAUUGUUCCCUUAUGGAGAAGAUGGUUAUAGGGAGGAUAUUGCUUUCCAAGUUGUUAAAGCGGUUGAAAAUGGAGCAAGGCAUCGGAUUUCACCUCGUGAGUAUCUCUCUUAUCGUAUACAUGAGCGGAUGUCAGAAAUUUGUACAAUUUUAUAUGCUAGGAAAUUGUUCCAACAAUUCUUAGUGGAUGGGUACACCAUGGUGGAGUCUGGGCGGUUGUUGUACAUUCGUACCCAUCAAAAAGCGUUGAGGUGUGGAGCAUAUCAAGGAUUAUCUGAUGCAUUAACGCGAGGAGAGGUUGAAUCAAGUCGCCAAGGUAGACGUGUUAUUUUACCAUCAAGCUUUACUGGGGGUGCAAGGUACAUGAUCCAGAAUUACCAAGAUGCGAUGGCUAUUUGUAAAUGGAUUGGGUACCCAAAUUUGUUUAUCACAUUUACAUGUAAUCCCAAGUGGCCAGAAAUAGAGAGGUAUUUGGAUGGACGAAAUUUGAAUGCUACUGACCGACCGGACAUAAUAUGUCGUUUGUUUAAAAUGAAAUUGGAUGCUUUGAUCAAAGAAAUCCGUUCUGGUGAAGUGUUUGGUAAAGUCACGGCAGUAAUCUACACUGUCGAAUUUCAAAAACGAGGGCUGCCUCAUGCACACAUUUUGUUGUUCCUUAGUCAUAAUGAUGCGCAAACAUUGUGUCAGAACAUUGACUUGAUCAUUUCAGCUGAGAUUCCAGAUAGAGGAAUGGAUCCUGAAUACUAUAAAAUUGUUGAAGAGUUUAUGAUUCACGGUCCUUGUGGUCAUCUUAGACAUAAUUCUCCAUGUAUGGUGAAAGGUCGUUGUUCAAAAUAUUUCCCAAAAAAGUUUGUUCCUGUAUCAGGUUUUGAUCAAGAUGGGUACCCGAUUUACAGACGCAGAGACAAUGGUCAAAUGGUUGAUAAGAAUGGCAUUGUAUUAGAUAACAGGUUUGUUGUUCCACAUAAUAGAUACUUACUUAUGAAGUAUAAAGCACAUAUUAAUGUUGAAUGGUGUAACCAGUCCCGUUCUAUUAAGUACUUAUUCAAGUAUGUUAAUAAGGGCAAUGAUCGGGUCACAGCUGAAUUCUACAAGAGUACUACAGGUGUUGAUAGUGAUGAAGUUAUAGAUGAGAUCACUAUGUUUUACGAUUGUCGUUACAUAUCUGCAUGUGAAGCUACAUGGCGCUUAUUUGCUUAUGAUAUUCAGUUUAGGACUCCUGCAGUUGAAAGAUUGAGUUUUCAUAUGCCUGAGCAACAACCUAUUUUUUUCAAUGAUGAUGAUUCUGUUGAUGCUGUUUUAAACCGACAUACAAUAGGGGAAAGCAUGUUUCUCGGAUGGUUUGAAGCUAACAAACAAUACUCAGAAGCACGGGAGUUGACUUAUUCUGAAAUGCCAAAUAAGUUUGUGUGGAAAAAAAAUAUUCGACAAUGGCAUCCUAGGAAACGAGGAUUUGCUAUAGGUCGUAUGUUUUAUAUUCCACCUGGUAGUGGUGAAAUUUAUUAUAUGAGGUGUUUGCUAAAUUUGGUGCGUGGUCCUACGUGUUUUGAAGAUAUCAGGAGUGUUAAUGGUGUUCAAUAUAUGUCUUUUAGAGAUGCAUGUUAUGCACGAGGGUUGUUAGCAGAUGAUAGAGAAUAUAUUGAUGCAAUUGAAGAAGCAAGUGAAUGGUCUUCAGCAUCCUCACUACGGAGGCUAUUUAUAACAAUGCUCAUGACAAAUGCCCUUAGUCAACCGGAGAAUGUAUGGAAUGCUGUAUGGCAUCACCUUGCUGAAGAUGUGCAAUACAACCGACGAAGAUUACUAUUUGAUUCAGGUUUGGUUUUAACAGAUGAUGAGAAGAAAAAUUGUGCUUUAAUUGAACUGGAGAAAUUGCUCAAACUGUGGAACAAAACGUUGGCAGAUUUUCCCUCCAUGCCUAGGGAGCUUGAUUGCUUUGUUAGUCAACUAACUGAAGAACAGAAAUAUGUGUACGAUACUAUACUUGGUGAUGUUGAGUCUCAUGCAGGUGGGUUAUAUUUUGUGUAUGGUUAUGGAGGUACAGGCAAAACUUUUGUUUGGAAAACACUGUCUGCUGCUAUUCGUUCACAGGGUAAUAUUGUGCUAAAUGUUGCUUCAAGUGGUAUUGCUUCUCUUCUUAUGCCUGGUGGUAGAACUGCACAUUCUCGGUUUGCCAUACCUAUUGAGAUUAAUGAGGAUUCAACAUGUAAUAUAGCACAAGGAGAUGUUGAUUCUUGUGCACGGUUUGAAAAAUUUGCAAAGUGGAUAGCUAAUAUAGGUGAUGGUGAGGUUGGUGUUGAAAAUGAUGGUCAUGCAGACAUAGAAAUUCCAAUAGAUAAUUUGUUACAACCUCAAGGUGAUCCAAUUGAAGCAAUAGUUAAGAGCACAUUUCCUAUGUUUUUAGCGGGUAAUUGUGAUUUGGAGUAUUUGAAUGGUCGGGCAAUAUUAGCUCCAACAUUAGACGUAGUCAAUGAAAUCAAUCAAUAUAUGAGUAGUUUGAAUCUUGUUGAUGGUAGAACAUACUAUAGCUCUGAUGCUAUUUGUCGGUCUGAUAUAUGUACUGAUACGUUUGCUGAAUUACACACUCCGGAAUUCCUGAAUGGGUUGCGAUGCUCUGGUAUUCCUAACCAUUCUCUUGCUCUUAAAGUUGGAUCUCCAGUUAUGUUGCUGCGGAAUAUUGAUCACUCUCUUGGGUUGUGUAAUGGAACAAGAUUGGUUAUUACUAGAUUAGCAGACCAUGUUGUUGAAGCUGAGAUACUGUCUGGAAAAAAUGUGGGUACUCGAGUGUUGGUUACUAGAUUAUCAAUGACACCAUCAGACCGCCGAUUUCCAUUCAAGUUUGAAAGGCGACAAUUUCCACUAAUGUUGUCUUAUGCUAUGACAAUAAAUAAAAGUCAGGGACAAAGUCUAACCAAUGUUGGAUUAUUUUUGAAGAAACCUGUUUUCGUACAUGGACAGCUUUAUGUAGCUCUAUCUAGGGUUAGCAACCCCAAUGGCCUUAAGGUUGUCAUUUUAGACGAGAAUGGAGAUUAUGAUUCCUCAACAUCAAAUGUUGUAUAUAAGGAGGUUUUUAAGAAUUUGAAUAGAGUGAAGGUUAGGGUUGUGAAUGUUAAUGAUAAGGCUCUCUUCCUGCUAUGGGAUAAGGAAUGCUUGGAGUUGAUUGCAGUUGGAGCAGCAGAGUUGAAGGAGAAACACACUCAGGGAAGCCAUAAACCACCCAAAGAGAUUAUGGAAUUGGUUGGCAUGUGUAUGAUGUUCAGAGUUGCAGCAAGGAAAGGGCAAAAAGACCUGACCUCUGAGGUACACUUAAAUGAUGAUGAUAGUGUGCUUGACAAGGGAUCUUGGAGUGAUGAGGUUGAAUGCCCGGUUGCACCCAUCUGUAGUAUAAAGGUUGUUAAAGGCACGGAUUCAGAAACCGUCAAAAGGUGUCUGCUCAAUGAGUUCUCAUCAUCCAAGGGGGCUAAGAAUAGAAAAGAGAGUACAAUCAAAGUUGAAAAGAGAGAUAAAUAA